GCGUCCACAUUUUGAAUAAUUGUCGUAACUUAGUUAAGUCUUUUUGUAAUAUUGGCUAACUUAGGGGUCGUCCUUGAGGAAAGGGUGGUUUAUUUCAAUGACCCUCCAAUUGAAAUAAACAACCCAAUCCGGGAGGACAUUAUCGGGGUGACUUCACCUCGUUUUAUUGCUUUGUGUCUUUGUAGUUUGUUUUAGGUUUUUUCCCUCUUUUGCAUCAAAAAAAAAAAAAAAAAAAAAAAAAAAAAAAAAAAUUAGGUUGAGAAACAAGUCUUAAACUACUCGUACAAAUUUACGGUCGUUCUUAAGAAGGAAUUCAGAAUUUUCAACUUUUGCCGCCAGUUUUAAGAGGGAGACUAGGAGUGUACCGACUCAAACUUUCUCCGCGCUCACUAGUUCCUUCCUCAACACACCACUUCAAUGGAAGACGAAGAAGACCUGGUUUCUCUAGCUUCCGAUCUCUCCGAUUCGAGCCAAGAAUUCCAGAUUGAAGACGACGAUGACGAUGAUGAAGUAUUCGAAGUUGCCGAUGAAGAAGAAGAUGUCACCAUUAAAGACGACGAUUUGAAAUCUCAAAAUGUCGCUGCCCUUAUUAGAGGGAAUCUUGUGGCGGAACGACAAUCAUCGCUUCCACGAGUUCUUUCAGCAAUGAAGCCUUUUAAGCCACCGUUUGCUAAUGGGUGGAGUAAAUCCAAUGAGGACUUACUCCGGCGGCUUUCGGCUCGUAAACGAUUUGUCCCAUGGCGCACAAAUAGCUCUGAUGUGGUUCCAUUAGUUAAAUUUCAACCUAUAGUAGUUGAAGAGGAUGAUGAGCAGGAGGAAGGUGUGACUUUGCCUCCGGGGAUCGAGCCGUUGGUUUUGUGGCAACCUGAAGAAUCUAUGGAUGGAGGGAGUGUUUUGACUCCUAUAAGUGUUGAUUCCUUGCUCGUUCAAUUCCUUCGACCUCAUCAAAGAGAAGGUGUACAGUUCAUGUUCAGAUGUGUCUCUGGGUUACAAGCUUCUGCCAAUAUCUUCGGAUGCAUUUUGGCUGAUGAUAUGGGUUUGGGAAAAACUUUGCAAUCGAUCACAUUGCUUUAUACUCUUCUCUGUCAAGGAUUUGAUGGGAAACCUAUGGUUAAAAAGGCUAUUAUAGUUACUCCGACAAGUCUUGUAAACAAUUGGGAGGCAGAAAUCAAAAAGUGGGUACAGGAUAGAGUUCAUCUUAUUGCUCUAUGUGAAAGCAGCCGAGAGGACAUUUUAUCUGCAAUUGAGAAUUUCACAAAUCCUCGCAGUAAAACACAGGUGCUGAUUGUUUCAUACGAGACAUUUAGAAUGCAUGCUCUAAAAUUUAGCCAUAGUGGAUCAUGUGACCUCCUUAUAUGUGAUGAGGCUCACAGGCUUAAAAAUGGUCAGACGAUCACAAACAAGGCAUUGGCUUCACUUGUAUGCAAACGCCGCAUCUUGCUUUCGGGUACUCCAAUGCAGAAUGACCUUGAAGAGUUUUAUGCCAUGGUCAAUUUCACUAAUCCGGGAAUCUUAGGUGAUGCUGCACAUUUUCGGAGGUAUUAUCAGGCGCCUAUUCUGAAUGGAAGAGAACCCACAGCCAGUGAUGAGGAGAAAAAGGUUGGUCUUUCAAGAUCAGAGGAGUUGAGUGCCAUUGUAAAUCAGUUUAUAUUGAGAAGAACUAAUGCCUUGUUAUCAAAUCACUUACCACCAAAGAUAGUUGAAGUUGUUUGUUGCAAACUCACCCCUUUGCAGUCAGAGCUGUACAAUCAUUUUAUACAAUCAAAGAAUGUGAAAAGGGCUAUUACUGAAGGAACAAAGCAAUCUAAAAUUUUAGCAUAUAUUACAGCUCUCAAGAAGCUCUGCAAUCACCCGAAGCUCAUAUACGACACAAUAAAAGCUGGAAAUUCAGGAAUAGCAGGCUUUGAGGACUGCUUGAGCUUUUUCCCUCCUGAAGUUUUCUCUGGAAGAUCUGGAGUAUGGAGUGGGGGUGAUGGCCUUUGGAUUGAGCUAUCCGGAAAAAUGCAUGUAUUAGCACGUUUGCUAGCUCAGUUGCGCCAAAAGACAGAUGACAGGAUAGUCCUGGUCUCAAACUACACCCAGACCCUUGAUCUCUUUGCUCAAUUAUGUCGUGAGAGAAGAUACCCUUAUUUGAGACUUGAUGGAUCAACGUCGAUCAGCAAACGACAAAAGCUGGUCAACUGUUUUAAUGAUUUUUCAAAGGAUGAAUUUGCUUUUCUCUUAAGCAGUAAGGCUGGUGGUUGUGGGCUGAACUUGAUCGGAGGAAAUCGAUUGGUCUUGUUUGAUCCUGACUGGAAUCCUGCCAAUGAUAAACAAGCUGCUGCAAGAGUUUGGAGGGAUGGACAAAAGAAGAGAGUGUAUGUUUACAGAUUUCUGAGCUCUGGAACCAUUGAAGAGAAGGUGUACCAGCGUCAGAUGUCAAAAGAAGGGCUUCAGAAAGUUAUUCAGAAGGAACAAGGUGGUUGUGAUAAGGGGAACACCUUUUCAAUGGAAGAUCUACGCGAUCUGUUUACCUACAAUGUGAAUGCAAGGUCUGAGAUUCAUGAAAAGAUGGAUUGUGUUCGAUGUAGAAUUAGUGAUACGACUGAUACCAUACAAAAUGGCAUGCUUGAGAACAGAGUGGAGGUCGAUUGUAUUGAAUCAAACAGUGAAGGUUACCAAUCUGGCCAAAAUACUGCUGAUAUUGGUGGGUUUGCAGAAAUUUCUGGAUUGCAUAUGCUAAAAAGUUCUCAGAAACAGGUGGGGUCUCCUUCUGAAGAGGAUCUGCUUAACUGGGCUCAUCAUUCAUCUCCCACUUCAGUUCCCGAUGUUCUAUUUCAAGCUGCAGCUGGUGAUGAGGUCACUUUUGCAUUUACAAACCAAAUAGACGGGAAGCUUGUCCCCGAAGAAUCCAUGCGCCCCCUUAAAAAGCAAGGCAUAGAGGAGAGAAGGACAUCAGUCAAUUUGAAAUGGCCCAAUUCAGAGGGUACUCUGAAGCACAAAUUUUCGAAGUUAUCAGAACAACAAUUAUCUUUGUCACAUGGUAGAAAUCCUGUGAAGAAGUUGCCACUGGUGUCAACCAAGCCUAUACAAGUCGCACCUCUGAAAUCAAUUAAAAGUUCCUUAAAAGAUGUGACAAAUCUGUCAUGGAGGUCUAAGUCGCCUCUCAGCAGGCAGCUACCUCUGAAAAGACCAUGUCAUGUUAGAGAAGUCGUUGAUGUUGUGGACCUGCUGUAAUCUUGCCCGGGCUGCAUGGCUCUUUGAGAGUGGGUUUUGGUGACGGUUACCUUUCUGGUGGUAUCAAACAAUUAAGGGCAUAAAGGUUUUUCUUACUGGUCUACUUGUAACCAGUGGGAAUUUCAUGAUCUAAUUUGGGCAGUUUCAGGACUGUUUUAAUGCGAGGGUGAGUUCUACAAAAGCUGUACUUGGUCAUGAAGUCCUGCACUCCUUUUGGAGAUACUGUCCUCAAGUCUAAUAUGCAUUUGCUCCAAGGCUCAAAGCUAGGAUUUAAGGUGUAAUGACAUGAUGCACUUAGCUGAGUUGGCAUAAGACAAAUUUUACUAGGAACCACAGCUGAGCUGGCAGCCUGGCACCCAGGUUUAGCAAGGAAAUGUACAGCCCAGCCCUGAGUCUGCGGUGUUCGGUGUGUACCACAGUUGCUAUCUGGCGUAUUUUUCUUGAGUGUACAGUAUAUGUACUGUAUCCUGAGUAUAGUCAACGUGGAGUUCAAAAGGGUGAUGAUAUCUUGGAUCUGUUGUGCAUUGGUAGUAGCAACAUCCAAUUUCGUUUUCCCUCUUUUCUUGACUCUCAAGUCUUCCCUUUUAACCCUUAUACUUCAGUGCUUCAUCAGUAGUAAACUAAUUUGUAUCCCUAUGUAAUACAAGGGUUGUUAACAAUCUUAACAUUAUACAUAGUUCAUUAUAUAGUAUAUACUUCAUAAAGUUUAACAUGUACUCUUGAUAGCGAAAACACAGACUGGCACAACUACAAUUGAGGUAUGUUUACCUACCCGUGACAAAGUAUACACUAUUUUCAUUCUUUUUAUAUGUUUAUUCAAGAUGGGGAAGUAUGUGUAAUUCAGUAAUUCACU